UAGCGGAAUAUUUUCUUCCAGCCUUGGUCGCAAGUUUCCUUUCUACUUUUAACAGCGAUGAGUGUUACGGUGAACAAUUAUUUAACAUCGGUAACUCUUUGAUGAUCCGAUAAUUUUUGCGGCUGAAAUGUUAGUUGACGGCGAUAUGAAAAAUCCAGUUUCUUUAAUAUCUAUAAAUAAGUACUGUAGUGAUGUAGCUACAGAAAAUAGGGAGCAACGAGAAUAUGUCAACAGAGGUUUUGAAAAUACAGAGCAAGAGGAGAUAUCAGAUUCAGGGUCUGCAGGAAUCAAAGAAAAGUCCAAACCAAAUAUACAGGCAAUUGGAUUUCUCAGUUUGUUUAGGUAUGCCAGUCUCGGGGAUAAAAUUUUGACCAUAUUCGCUACAUGUGUUGCAAUGCUUUCUGGAGUUUGUUCACCUGUACAAAUGGUAAUUUUUGGAAAAGUCAUCGACAUAUUGGUGAAUUACGAUGCAGGAAGAAAAAAUACAUCUAACGUCACUAUGUAAGUUACUUGUUGUUUUU